GUGAAAUGUGAAAUGUAUCACAUUUAAAGUUACCUACUGUAACAAACUUUACUAUCUGUAUUUUCGAGGAACCUAAAGUUCAGAUCGUGUGAGAAUAUAUUUUUUAUUCUGCUAACAAAACACAGAAACGUAGCGGCAGGAUGAGCAACAUUUACAUUCAAGAGCCACCAACAAAUGGGAAGGUCCUGUUAAAGACAACAGCAGGUGAUAUUGACAUUGAGUUGUGGUCCAAGGAGGCUCCUAAAGCAUGCAGGAACUUCGUGCAGCUGUGCAUGGAAGGUUAUUAUGAUGGUACAGUGUUCCACAGAGUGGUGCCUGAUUUCAUCGUUCAGGGGGGAGAUCCUACAGGGACAGGGACAGGCGGAGAGUCCAUCUAUGGCAGACCAUUCAAGGAUGAGUUUCACUCUAGGUUGCGCUUCAAUCGGAGGGGUUUGGUUGCCAUGGCAAAUGCAGGGCCACAUGACAAUGGCAGUCAGUUUUUUCUCACCUUGGGACGUGCAGAUGAACUCAACAAUAAACAUACCAUAUUUGGCAAGGUCACUGGAGACACCGUGUAUAACAUGCUCAGAUUAGCAGAAGUUGAGUGUGAUGGUGAGGAAAGACCUCUGAAUCCUCACAAGAUCAAAUCUGCUGAGGUGUUACAUUCUCCAUUUGAUGACAUCAUACCUCGUGAAAUAAAGAAACUCAAAAAGGAGAAGGAUAAAGAAGAGACGAAGAAAUCACAGUCAAAAGCCACAAAGAAUUUCAGUCUUUUAUCAUUUGGAGAGGAAGCUGAAGAAGAUGAGGAGAUGGUGAACCAAGUCAGCCAGACAUUCAAGGGUAAAAGCAAAAGCAGCCAUGACCUUUUGAAAGAUGAUCCCAGACUGAGCUCUGUUCCAGCAGUUGAUAAGGGUAAGAAGAAAAAAGCAUCUGCAUCUGGUGAUGCAGCUUUGUCAGGUGACGAGGCUGAUGAUGAUGUUGAGGAUGACAUGGACACAGAUGAGGAAUAUGACCCGGAGAAGAAAGAGAAGAUCAGAGAGCUCAUAAGUAAAAAGCUAAAGAAGGAAAAGGGUGGAGAGAAAGUGGCAGAGCCCAUUGAAGAGGAGCAAGAAAAAAAGAUGAGCCGCAGUGAUGAAUUACGGAAAGAGGCGCGACAGUUGAAGAAGGAACUGCAGGCCAUAAAGCAAAGAAAAGAAGAAAGUUCAAAACCUGCAAAAGUUGAAGUCAAGGAGGUUGAGAAAAAGCCAACCAGUGAAGCUGUGGCUGAGUACUUGGAGGGAAGAAAGAAAUAUGAAGGGCUCAAGAACCGAAAACUGAAAAAAGGCUCAAGCAGAGAAGAACAGACGCUGGCCCUGCUCAACAGCUUCAAGUCCAAGCUGUCAUCGGCCAUCACUGAGGGUCCACAGGAGGACGUGGAGGAGCUGGCAGAGGAUGAUGACAAAGGAUGGAUGGCCCAUGUUCUGCAGUUUGAUGAGCAAAGCAGAAAAGUCAAGGAUGCCAACAUGCAGGAUGAGGACACCUUUGAGAUCUAUGACCCACGCAACCCCGUUAACAAACGCAGGAGAGAGGAGAGCAAGAAGAUCCUGAAAGAAAAGAAGGCCAAGAGGUGAGGUCACAAGGUCAUAGGUCGUGCCGAAGCCAUGUGACUAAAACCAAAACUGGCCGUACAGCAUCCUGGCAGUCUACUUUUUCAUCGCUUCAAACCCGGCUUUGUUGAACCAUUUCCUGGUGCGAACAUUACAAACGAGGAUGCUGAGCCGAAAACACGAUGUCCCCGUUUUCUGUGAGGAAACGGCUUCUUCACAGCUUCACCUGAACAGUUACUCAUCAGGAGGAAUAAAAUAGGGAACCUUACAUGUAAUGUUCAUUUAUAUGACUUUGUAUUUUCUGUUUACAGUUAAAUGUGAGCCUUAGACUUUGUUAGAAAAAUAAAUACCAAUCAUAA